ACAACCACCACUGCCACCGCCAUUCACCACCACAACCACCACUUAAAAGCCUGCAUCCUUUUUCUUGGAUUCUCACGCAGAUCUCUGCAAAUUCAAGACAAAAAAGAAGAUGAAGAAAGUUAUGUUGAAAUUGGACUUCUUGGAUGAAAAAAUCAAGCAAAAAGCCAUGAAAAAUGUCUCCAGUCUCACAGGUGUAGAUUCAAUAUCAAUGGAUAUGAAAGACAAGAAAAUGACAGUAACAGGGGAUGUAGAUCCAGUGACAGUUGUGUCAAAACUGAGAAAGAUUUGUCACACAGAGAUUGUAUCAGUUGGUCUAGCAAAGGAGCCAGAGAAGAAAGAUGGUGGUGGUGGUGACAACAAGAAGAAAGAAGAUGAUAAAAAGAAAGAAGAAGACAAGAAGAAAGAAGAAGCUAAGAAGAAAGAAUUAGAAGCAAAAAAAAAAAAAAAGAAGAAGAAGCUUUGAAAUUAGCUUAUGCUGCUGCUGUUGCACAUCAUCAUAAUCAUCAGCCAUACCCUUAUUAUAAUUAUCAUCAACAGCAACAACAACCUUACUAUCAGUAUAAUC